AUGGCUCCUUCGUUCACGCGAAUACACGACCUUCCCGACAGCGUUUUGGAGCUGAUCUUCUCCUUCCUGGAGCUCUCUGCAUUGCCCAAUUGCGCGUUGGUGUGUCGGAGAUGGAACCACGUGUUGAAUGACGAAGACGGCGACGUGUGGCGGACGUGGUGUUUGACGGCUAUUCCGGAAGACUCUGGCUUGGAUCACUUGCUGUCUGUUUGCCCGACGUUUAAAGCGAAGCUCAGGGCGUUUCAUCACGCCUGGAAUCCGCACGAUUGUUCCAGGAAUAUUUACGUCAAGUCGACGGCAUUCACUUUGCAUAGAAACCCUGUGGCCCAAUCCACGGAUGCCACGAGAGCCAAAAUCGGAUUCCGCACCGGGAGACACGCUUGGGAAGUUGUGUGGGAAGGUCCUUUGGGCACAGUGGCGGUAGUCGGAAUUGCGACGAAAGAUCUGAAUUUGCAAUGCCACGGAUAUGUGCCAUUAUUGGGAUCUGACGACAAUGGAUGGGGCUGGAAUUUGGUGGACAAUCACUUGCUUCAUGGUGGGGAUUCUCAAGGAAAUUACCCCCAACUUAACAACCCUCCGAAGUAUCAGGUUGGAGAUCGUAUCAGAGUGAUCUUGGAUUGCGAAGACAGCACUCUUUCGUUUGAGAAAGACUACGAAUUUCUUGGUGUUGCAUUCCGCGAUGGAGAACUGGAAGAGCUGAAGUACGAAGUUUACGACGCAAUAAAGACGAUUCGAGACCCGGAGAAACCGCAAGAUCUUGAAGAACUCGGCGUCGUGUCGGAAGACGGCGUCACCGUUGCGCGGUGUAAGUACAGCAAGGACGUGUUGGUGACAGUGACCCUGGUACCGACUGUACCACAUUGUUCUCUGGCCACGCUGAUUGGAUUGUGCGUGAGAGUUCGUUUGGAGCAAGCCUUAUCGAGGAAGGCAAAAGUCGAUAUCUUCAUAACGUUUAACAAGCAGCUGAAUGACAAAGAGCGUGUAGCCGCAGCAAUGGAAAAUCCGAAUUUGAAAGAAAUGGUUUUCGGGUGCCUCGACUUUCGUCAGUGA